UCCCCCGCUCCCCCGGCUUCCUCAUUGCUGAGCAGAGGAACCAGAGGGAAAAGCCACCUUCCCAAGCACAGCGAUACCAUCUACCUCACUCGACUACUUGUCAAGUUCAGUACCAACACAAAGGGGGCCCGGAAAAUCAAGAAAGAAUGUCGAGUGAUGAUAAAAAUAAGCCGAGCGAUCCCAAGAAUGAGCCCAAGACCUGUGACCCAAAAUGUGAACCAAAAAUUGAGACCAAAUGCCAGCCCAGCUGUUUAAAGAAGCUGCUGCAACGGUGCUCUGAAAAGUGCCCACGGGAAAAGUGCCCACCACCGCCCAAGUGCCCUCCAUGCCCCCCGCCAUGUCCCCCGCCAUGUCCCAAGCCAUGCCCUCCACCGUGUCCCAAGCCAUGCCCAUGCCCACCGCCAUGCCCUCCCAAGCUGUGUUCCAAGCCCUGUCCUCCUAAAUGCCCACCGCCUUGCCCACCCCAGUGCCCACCCCCGGAGUGAGGUACCAAGGGCGUCGCCCAGCCCCAUACCACCAUCAUCUCCACGUGCUCACCACCUUGGGGCUGAGAACUGAAACCAUGAACUGACAAGUAAACGUGUCCCUCUGCUGUGCAAGA